AAUGUGACAUUUGACUGUCAAAAAUAUUAUUCGCUCAACGAUAGCGUUUGCGAGAGUUAGCUUUGCCGUGUGUACACAAAUCGUUUUUCCGAUUAAACUAAUUAUGUCUUCAAAAUCCAAAAAAGAUGACAAAAAUUCAAAAGAAACAGAAGAAGUGAAGAUAAAUAAAUGGGAUGGGUCGGCGGUCAAGCAUGCUAUUGAUGAUGCCGUAAAAAGUGCUCUACUCGAUCGACCGAAUUGUGCCGAAAGCUUUGCAUUGGUCGACGGUCGUUUAGUUAUAUGCGGCUUAGCUGUUGGAAUUGCAUUGGUGGCCUUAGCCUGGGAUCACUUGCAUCCGUUCCCUGAAUCUAGAACUGUUCUAAUCGCCUGCGUUGGUUCAUAUUUCGUACUGAUGGGAAUACUCACAUUGUACACAACGUUCAAAGAGAAGGGAAUCUUCGCUGUGGCAUACCAAAAAGACGGUUCGGUGACGAAGACGUGGCAGGCCAGUUCCGAGAUGAAAAAGUAUGACGACCAAUACACGCUCAUACUGACACUCAAAGAUAACAAGGGAAUUCGGGCUGCUUCAAUAACCAAAUCGUGUGCGAGUUACAUCGACAACAAUGGGGUGGUGUUGGAGAAUUUGAUUGCGAACGAGGUCGGUCGGCUGUACAAUUCAUUGAAUGCCGGCAAAAAGGAUAAAUAGAAUUGUGUUGAAUGUAAGCUCACCGGACUGGGAUCUAUAUGCAAUUGCUUGAGUGUUCUGUACGUUCGUACUUAUUCCAAUUAAAAAAAUUCAUUUUGAUUGUUCCAA